UUGCUGUGUCAGUGCGCGUGCGUAGUUGUCGCGCGAGCUGGUCUGCCGCGGCGCGGGGACUGAGGCUACGGCGGUGACACGUCGAACAAAAAUCCACUGACUGCAAGACUCGUGCGGUGCGAGGGGGCGGGGGGCCGAUUUUGGCCCGAAGGUGCACGAGGGCGCUCACGCUCCACCGUUUUUCACGCACGGGACGCAUCCAGACCUGGUGAAGUCGUCACAGGGGUUAGAGUCUGUGGAAUCUGACGCGACCGUUUGCGGUCUGCCUUGGCCAGUGGAGGCGCGACAGCGAUCUGCGCUGAAAGCUUCCCUCUCCUGCGCAGCUGCAUCCAUCCUUCCAUCCAUCCCGACAACCGCCAGCUCCAGGUCCAAAGGGAGGCCGGGGAGCGGCGACAGGAUGUAGCGGCGGAUUAACAGAGGAGAGAGGGGCGCUCAGAGGAAGAGGGCUGGGCCGAGUGGACCGGACCGGGGUGGCACAGAGGGGACAUGGGGAAGGACCAGGAGCUGCUCCAGGCCGUGAAGACCGAAGACCUGCUGACAGCACAGCGCCUUCUACAGAGACCGCGGCCAGGAAAAGCCAAGCUACUUGGAGCAACAAAGAGGGUUAAUGUCAACAUCCAGGAUGCAGAUGGGCUGUCUCCGCUGCACCACGCUGCUCUUAGUGGGAACAAGGAGCUGAUCGCUCUGCUGUUGGAGGCUCAGGCAGCAGUGGAUAUCAAAGAUCAUAAAGGAAUGCGUCCUCUGCAUUAUGCUGCAUGGCAGGGGAAGACUGAACCAAUGAAAAUGCUGCUGAAAGCAGGCUCCUCAGUCAACGGACAGUCAGAUGAAGGACAGAUCCCUCUCCACCUGUCAGCUCAGCACGGACACUAUGAUGGGUCAGAAAUGUUGCUACAGCAUCAGUCCAACCCUUGUAUCUCAGAUGCAGCUGGGAAAACUCCCCUGGACCUCGCCUGUGAAUUUGGACGUGUUGCAGUGGUCCAGCUCCUGCUCAGCAGCAACAUGUGUGCAGCCAUGCUGGAGCCGAAACCCUCAGACCCAAAUGGAGUCUCCCCGCUGCAUCUGGCUGCUAAGAAUGGACACAUAGACGUAAUACGGUUGUUGAUCCAGGCUGGGAUAGACAUCAACAGGCAGUCUGAGUGUGGCACUGCCCUGCAUCAGGCUGCCCUCUGUGGGAAGACGGAGGUGGUGCGGCUGCUGCUAGAUAGUGGCAUCAGUGCAGGAGUGAGAAACACUCUGAGUCAAACUGCCUUGGACAUUGUUAACCAGUUUACCACCACACAGGCCAGCAGGGAGAUCAAACAGUUACUGAGAGAUGCAUCGGCUGCAAUGCAGGUCCGAGCGCUGAAGGAUUACUGCAACAACUACGACCUUACCAGCCUCAACAUCAAAGCUGGAGACAUUAUCACGGUGCUGGAGCAGCACUCUGAUGGCAGAUGGAAGGGCUGCAUCCAUGACAACCGCACCGGAAACGACCGCGUGGGCUACUUCCCAUCCAACAUUGUGGAGGUCAUCAAGAGGGCAGGCCACUCCCCCUCCCAGCAGUGCCACACCCUGCUCCUCCGCCGGCCCAACCCCUGCCCCAUUGCCUCAGCCAACGGACACCCAUACCCCCCCUCCAAAGUCCUCCCCCUGCAUCUGCAUCUGCCUCCUCCCCCCCCCCUCCAUUCCGGCACACAUUCCCUCCCUCGCUUCUCCUCGUUUGGGUAUGUUCCUCUUCCCAUCUCUCCUCCUCCUCUGUCCAUUUCUCCUCCUCUCUCCACUCCUCAGGAGCAGCAGAGUCAGACAGGUUCCCGGACAGCAGAGCUGAGUCCUCAGGGCUCACCCACUUUAGGACAUCAGAGCAGCACCAGCGAGGACAUCUGGGUGUUACGCAAACCAGUGGCAGGAGGAGAGCGCAGUGGCAGUGUGUGCAGCUUGGGCAGCAUUCGCUCCUCCAGCAGCCUGCAGGGAUCUGGAAACACCCAUGUCCUGACAACACCGGCCCCCAGUCCUCAGCCGGCCCCUACGCCAGGACUCAACACUCAUGGCCUCAACGCUCCAGGGCUGCAUGCUCAAGCCGAAGGGGUUAAGCUGCUGGCCACUGUACUGUCUCAGUCAGUAAAAGCAAAGGAGCAUCUCUUGGAGCAGUCACAGUCUGUGGAGCAGUCAACGACCUCUUCCAGUCGCACAGUCCAUGAGCAGCGGUCUUUUGAGCGUAAGACCGAGGAAGAUGAUGGGAAAAAGCAGGCUGUGGUGACGUGGCUGGGAGAGUUUCAGCUGCAGUUCUACACCACUCACUUCCUCACUGCAGGAUAUGAUCUAGACACCAUUAGCCGGAUGACCCCUGAGGACCUGACAGCAAUUGGUGUUAUAAAGCCUGGACAUCGAAAGAAGUUAUUGUCAGAAAUCAGCAAGGUGCCCUCCACAGACUGGCUGCUUGACCACAAACCUGCCAACCUGGCAGACUGGUUGUCUCACCUCGGUCUCAGCCAGUACUACCAAGUUCUUGUCCAGAACGGAUAUGAAAACAUUGACUUUGUUUCAGACAUCAGCCUUGAAGACUUGCAGGAGAUUGGCAUUGCUAAGCUCGGACAUCAGAAAAAAUUGAUGUUGGGAGUAAAGAAACUCAAGGAACUACAAGGAGGAGGAAGUGGCUCAGAGCCUCCUCAGAGUCCCACUUCCCCUCCUUUAAGCCCUGGAGGAAGCAGCGCCUCAGAGUCACGCAGGGAGGCAAGGAAACUGAGGGAGGGGGCCCCUAGCCCGCUGGCCAAAGCUCGCCCAGGUCUCACUUCUUCACAAACGCCUCCCCACACACCGAACCAGACACCCCCACAAACCCCUCCACAUGCCCGCACCCAGCAGGCCUCCCCUAGGGCUCGCCCAAGACCGUCCACCCAGACAUCCGCUGUCGAUCCAUUGGUACCGCUGUUGCGACUGCCCUGUGAGGAGGAGGAACGACGGAGGACUCACAGCCUCAUCGGCUCAGAAUUGGACUCCCGAUACGCCACCGUGUGCCGAAGCAGCUCCACUCAUACUGCUGCGCCUAAUGAUGUUACCGUUAACCGCAGCCAGUCAUCCGUCACCCUCCGUCCCCGUCGGAAAGGCCGGCCUCCUACGCCACCUAAACGCUCCUGUUCUUCCAUCACCGGCAGCGACGGGGACAGUGAAGGACAGGGUUUGGGGCUUUUGGGUCUGCCAACCUAUCGAGAGAGGCGAGCCAGUGACUGUGGCAGCUUGGGAGCAGUGUUAAGAGCUCAGGACUCUGCUGGCCUUCAGCGAUCAGAGGGGGCUUCUGGGAGUGUCCGCAGUCUCGCAGCCAUGUUGGAAACAUCAAUGGUGCCAAGAAAUGUGGGAAGUGGCACCAACUUCCUACAGGCGAGUCCUCCUCUUCUCCGUCGCCAGGCUGGAGCUGGAGGUUUGGGAGCAUCUGAGGAUGAUGUUGCAAACCGGCGCAGGACCAUCAGUGGACUUGAAAAUCUUCCUGAUGAGACUCCUGACCAGUUACCUCAACAACCUGUCAAGCGACGUCCAGAACCUCGACCUCGCUCCAUCGUGGCCACCUCAGCCUCUGAGAUCACAGAUGCAACAGCUACGCUCAGGAGGAAACCACGUCCUCCAACUACAGAAUCUGAAGCCCUCACAUCAACAGCUACCACUGUAAUAACCAUGAUAACUGGCUCAGAAACGAUAUGCAGAUCACGCACAACAGAGCAAACUGAAUCUGUUACUCAGAGCAAUAAUCAAUCAAAUUCUCCUGAGGGGACAAAGAAAAACGUGGGCGAGCCAAAGCAGAACGGGGGUGUAGUGCUGAGGCGGAGGCCAGUGUCUGAGGCCUCUGAGAGGACGGAGGCCGGCAGCGAGACCUGUGAGUGGAUGGAAGCCAGGAAGUCUCUGAAGCCACCGGUCUCACCCAAGCCUUCUACAGUCUCCCUGAGAAAGACCCAGACAGACCCACCUACUCCGACUCGAAGAGUCCCCAUACCAGGACCAGAUAAUGCUGAGCCAGCACAGAGUCCAGAGCCAAAGCGUGUCCCUCCUCCUGUAUCACCAAAACCCCGUGGGCCACCAACGGCUCCCAAACCAGGAAAAGCAGCAGUACCUUCAGCUGCGGCGAGCCCCAGCCCUGCCUCUACCAGUCCAGCUGCUACUAGUCCCACUCCGGCCCCCAGACCCUUCUCUCCUCCGGCUGCUGCUCCACUCCCAGCUCCUGACACCCCUUCUGCUCCCUCUCUUUCUCCGGGACUCCCUCUCACAUCCAUCUCUCCGGCCCAGAGUCCUUCUACUUCAUCACCACACCCAGUUAAACCUCCCCGCUCCUCCAUCGCCAGCCUCUCCAUUGACCUGCUGGGAGGACGGGAGGCAGAGGAGGAAGAGGAGAGGAUAAGAAAGGAAGAGGAAAGGAUGAGAGAGGGGGAGCAUCAGAGGGAAACAGAACAGGAGGAGGAGAAGAAGAAAGGGGCAGAGGAUGAAAACUUGAAGGAGAUGGAAAGGAGGCCUUUGAGGAGAGAGAAAGCAAAAGAGGAGAGUCAAGAAGAAGGAGGAGAGCAAGAAAGGAUGAUUCAGCAUCGUUUGGAGGAGACCAGUACCUCCUUGGCUGCAGCUCUGCACACUGUAGAGCAUAAAAUCAAAGAGGAGGACAGACCGAAUGACAAAAAAGCAACAGUCUCCAUCCUGGAUGACAUCGGCAGUAUGUUUGACGACUUGGCAGACCAGCUGGAUGCAAUGCUGGACUGAACUCCCAUCCACAUGCUUCUUCCAACAAGGUCCUCCCUUCUGUCCCCCUCAUUGUGUGUAGGUGUACAAUGAAAAGUCUUUCCCAAGGCUAAAUGCUGGCGUGCAAAUUUUUUUGUAAGAGCUUCCCGAGUAUCCUCAUGCAGAUACCAAGGAGUGGGAGAGGUGUUUGUUGCUCCUUCUCUUGCUGCAAGGACAAUGCUCCCACACAACCUCUGACCUCUGCAGCCCACAUGACGAUGCCUCCGCCCAGCCCCUGACGGCUGCGUGGACCGAGAAGCACAAUCUUUUUGCGUAUCCUUUUAUCUGAUAAGCAUAUUGCUUGCAAAAUUAAGCACAGAAAUAGUCUGACAGGCAGAUUGAUAACCUGAUAGAAAACAGAGGGAUUUUUUAAAAAAGCACACAGAAAGAAAAGCUGCUGUCCGAGUCCUCCAAUCUGAAAACAGAAUCCCUUUUUUCCAGAUGAAUUGUAGCCUCCUUCUGCUCUGUGUGAGUGGAGGACUCCUGCCCCGCGUGUCGUCUCUGUUCAUGUUGUCGUCGGUGCCGUUAUCGUUGGCUUUGUUGUUUCGAGUGUGUGUAGUCCCUGCUUAUACGCUUGAGUCAGUUUUCCCACCUAUUUUGAUCAGACAAACUAAACACAGAUGUGUCCAUAAAUUUAUAAGAAAUGCAAACAAGCACACACACACAUUCAUACACACAUUGGUGGAACUUCCAUUAUUUUAAAUAUUGCUGGUGGUGUUGCUGUUUAUCUAUCAUGUGUGGAAGGAUUGCUUGGAAAUAAUUCAUGAGAAAUACAUGCAAAUAUGCACGCACCUCCACCCACCCACCCACACCCCUACACACACACUUAUGUGGUAUAUCCCUGUGUGCUGCUGCAGUGAAUGGUGUUUUCAGAAGAUACUCCUAUAUUUCAAUGCUUUACAUCGUACAUACAGUAAAAAAGACACAUAGUUUAUAGUAGACCUGGAUAUUUGAGCUGUUAGAGCUCCAUCUACUGUUGGUUAGUGAAGUUGCCCUUAUCUGACCUACUUCUUUGAAACCUGUGUCUAAUUAGGUAAAUCUGCAAAUCUCUGUGCCUUCGCAGUGUACUUUAUAUAUUAUUUUGUUUUUUGUUCUUCUUUCUGUCUACUAUAAUGUUUUUGAUCUCUUUAAGCCCUCUCUGUCUGGUUUGUUCGGAAGUAACUUCUCAGUUAUUUGUGAGUCUUGUACCCCUGAAGUUUAAUCCUCCAUGUCUAUAAGCUGUAAUAAGUUGGCUCCACUCUUCAGUGAUUUCCCCCAGACAACAGACCAACCACCAGUUUUGAUCCCAAUGAAGAGUUCACUUGUAUUUUUAUGCUCUUUGAAAACAGAGAUAUAUUUGAGAGACUGUUCUAUGUGAAUAAUAAUAUUAUUAAUCAUUAUAACUAUGAUGGUGUUAAACAUUGAAUGGGCUGAGCUGAUUUGAGCCUGUAUAUUACUGGUUGAGUUCUGAUGUGUUGUGACAGCUGUUGUGUCAUGGUUGGGUUCAGUUGGAUGUUUCUGCUGUGACGAUGCAUUCCUGUACAGCUGUCAUAAGAAUAAAUGUACAAAUUAUCCCUGA